AUGCAGAGAUCGGUCCAGAAAGCCAUCAUUUGGCUGGGAGCCAUUUUCAUCACCUACCAUGUCUUUUCACUUCUGUUUUCCCGACGAGCCUCACAACCUAGUCACUCAGACCCCAAUCUACAAAAGGCUCCCGCCAAGCUAAAAGGCGACCCGCUACGAGCUAAAGCGAUAGUCCAAGCGUUCAGGUUUUCGUGGAAUAAAUAUGAGGAAUUUGCGGCACCUCAUGAUACGUUGUUGCCAAUCAGUAAGACCUUUGAGGAUGAUCGAAAUGGCUGGGGCGCGACGGCGGUUGAUGGGCUGAGUACAGCCAUUAUCAUGGAGGACGCUGAAAUCGUGGAUAAGAUUCUCAGACAGAUCAUGCUCACAGACUUUACCGUGACUGUUGUGCCUGAUCAACCCAUCUCACUUUUCGAAACGACUAUUCGUUAUCUUGGGGCAUACGAUUUACUAUUUGGGUCAUACAAACACCUCUGUACAGACAUGUACUUGAGAAACAAUCUGCUAAAAGCGGCAGUCAUUCUUGCAGACAGACUCAGCGUCGCCUUUGACACACCAUCCGGCAUUCCCGAUGAUGAGAUCAUCUUCAAUCCUCAGCUCCGUCGCUUCGGCAACAUCGACAACUCCAUCACUUGUUUCGGGACACUUGUCCUCGAAUGGACUCGAUUAAGUGAUUUGACUGGCAACCAGACAUACGCCAAGCUCGCCCAGAGAGCCCAAGAUCAUUUAAUCCAUCCCAAGACGAAGCAGAGUUUUACACUUCCGGGUCUGAUUGGGACGUACGUCAAGCUCAAAGAUGGCUACUUUGGUGAUUAUCAGGCUGGUUGGGGAGGUGGCUCGGAUAGCUACUAUGAGUAUCUGAUCAAGAUGUAUGCGUACGAUUCAGUUGCUUUUGCGGAGUAUGGAGAUAGCUGGAUUCAAGCGGCCGAAUCGUCCAUGUUGUACCUGGCUUCUUCGCCAUCAACAAGACCGGAUCUGACGUUCCUGGGAGAAAUGCGUGGAAACACCAUGAUCCCUAUCUCAAGUCAUCCCAGUCUAACAUUUGCAGUGGCGAGUGUUUGUGGCGGUUCUCUAAUCCUCGGUGGGCUACUUCUCCAGAACCAAACAUUUGUUGACUUUGGCGUCAAACUCUCGGAGUCAUACUAUGAAGUCUAUCGCCAAAGCCCCAGCGGUAUCGGUCCCGAACUCUUCCGCUGGGUCGACGACGGCCGUCAGCCUCUGGCUAAGGCAUCAUCCAAACGUCUCCCCGCUCCAAAAUGGCAAUCCUUCUACGAGAAAAGCGGCUACUAUCACACAAACGCUGAGUACAUCCUUCGCCCCGAGACCAUCGAAAGUCUUUACUACGCCUACCGCGCCACCGGUGAUCGCAAAUACCAAGACUGGGCAUGGGAGGCAUUUGAGGCAUUGAACCGGAUGUGUAAGGUUGAGGGAGGAUAUACCGGAUUGAAGAGUGUUAUGAAGACGAAGGAUGAUAAGACGAGGAAGUUUGUUGACAAGAUGGAGAGUUUUUGGUUGGCGGAGACGUUGAAGUAUUUAUAUUUGAUGUUUGCGGAGGAUUCGGAGUUGCAGGUUAGGAGUGAUGGGAAGAUGAAGUAUGUGCUUAACACGGAGGCUCAUCCGCUACUUGUACGGGGAAAGUAG